AUGUUUUUAUCCAGAGCGUUCCGGCGUUAUCGCCUUCUUUUCGUAUCUAGUGGUGUGGCGCUCUUCAUCCUCAUACUGUUGGCAUUUUUGAAAUACGAACAGGAGUUGAAUGACCGUGACUGUAUUGCCCUGUUCCUCUUCCCGUGUCCCGUGUCGACUUCCCUUUUCGAUGUGCCUGUCGAAGAUGUUGAGCAUCCCCACAAAGCACAGAUCGAGUACAUCAACAACUCAUACCAAGGAAAGGAAGGUUCUACAUUGAGAAAGGCUCACAAGUACUACGAAAAAGUCUUGAAAGCUGUGGUCGGUGCAAAACCCGAUUGUGAAAAGUUGAAUAAAUAUCUGGAAGGAAAUGCUCCUACGAAAGGUAUGGGGUUUCAGCAGACAACUGACGAGUUUUCUGAAAAGCACCUUUCCAAAUUUUUGCAGGUGGAUAUUUUCGAGCUUCAACAGAUGAUCGAUUCUCAUCGGUUGGUAAUGGAAAACCUCCCCGAUGAAUAUCCUGAAGGCAUAUAUAAGGGAAAUGGUAUUGCAUACGUUGGAGGAGGGAAAUACUCUUGGAUGGCCCUUCUUUCGAUCAAGAAUUUGAGAGAGAUCGGAUGUGCCUUGCCCGUCGAAGUUUUUGUUCCAAAUUUGGACGACUUUGAGCUUGAUAUCUGUACUAAGACCUUACCCUCAUUAAACGCUAAAUGCGUCCAUAUUCCUACGGCUCUCUUUGCCAAAGACCUGGAAUUUGCCAACAAUACUAAAAUUCUGGGCUACCAGUACAAGUCCUUAGCGAUCUUGCUUUCCAGCUUCGAGAAUGUUCUCUUAUUGGAUAGUGAUAAUAUCCCCGUAAAUGUUUCGGAGGAUAUUUUUCUGGAAGAACCUUUCAAAUCUAGGGGACUCGUUGUUUGGCCAGAUUUUUGGCAAAGGACAACUUCUCCACACUUCUUCACAAUUGCAGGACGCGAGGUGAGCAAAUCUAAAACGCUUCCAACUUACAAGCUGGGUCCAGGUGAUUACAUUGAUCACGACGAAAAAGAAGAAAUUGAUUGGGCGAAGAUCCCAUUACACGAACGGUUUGGUGCGAUCCCAAAUCCGUCAAGUGAGUCCGGCCAAUUGAUGAUCUCCAAGAGAACGCAUAUGAAAGCUAUUCUUCUUGCAGUCUACUACAAUAUGUAUGGACCAGGUUACUACUAUCCUCUCUUUUCUCAAGGUACAGCUGGCCAGGGUGACAAGGAGACUUUCAUUGCUGCUACAGUAGUCCUCGACAUGCCUUUCUAUCAAGUUCUGCAAACUGUUUUGGCAUUGGGACACUUAAGGGAUGGUAAAUUCAGAGGUACCUCCAUGGCUCAACAUGAUCCCCUUCGAGAUUAUUUGUGGAAUGAAGAGAAAAAGAAGUUGAGAGAGCAAUUUCUGGGAGAUGAGUACAAAAAGGAAGCAGAUAAACUUGAAAGACCUCAUAUGGCAUUUCUUCACGCCAACUUCCCCAAACUUGAUCCAUUCAGCUUGUUCAAAGACCACGUUAUCCUCGAUGAUAAGGGAACGAGGUACAGAAUGUUCGGAAAUGGCAUGAAGCUGAGGGCAGGCAGAGAUGUGGAACAGGAUUUGUGGGGAUACAUGCAAAACUUUCUCUGCGAGACGAAAUUAAAGGUUAACCUUUUCCGUGAUAAGGAUGUGCCCAAAUUAUGCGACCAAAUCAAAGAGCAUCUAUCAUGGUUGAACUCCACGGAAGAAUAA